CGGCGCCUCGGAGGUUUGCUCCGGAAUCUACUUGGCUUUCUUUCCCCCUCCUUAGUCCCUCCCUCUCUCACCUCCUCGCUUGGCUUCCUUGGCUAGCUAGCUCUGCGCACUUUGGCCCUUGCUGGCAGCGGAUAAAAGGGGUCUGAGGAAAUACUAAACACGGUCAUCCCAUCGCCUGCUCUACCCUUUAAAUUCCCAGCCCGGGAGAUCUACGCACAGCCAGGUCGGGCUGAACACCCAUCCCGCCGGACAGCAGCGGAGGUUUCCGAGCGCAGUUCGGCCAAUCGCUGGCACCAGCGGGUUCCGGAACCGACGUCCACGCUCGGUCUCGGCGCUGGGAAAGUGAAGCCGGCCGCCGACAGCCACGAUGCCUGCCCACAUGCUCCAAGAGAUCUCCAGCUCCUAUGCGACCACCACCACCAUCACAGCGCCUCCCCCCGGAAGCCCGCAGAAUGGACGAGAGAAGCAGAAGACGAUGCCUCUGUACCUGGAAGAAGAUAUCCGUCCUGAAAUGAAAGAAGACAUACAUGACCCCAGCUACGAGGAUGAGGAGGGGCCCCCGCCCAAGCUGGAGUAUGUCUGGAGAAACAUCAUCCUCAUGGCCCUGCUGCACUUGGGGGCCCUGUAUGGGAUCACACUGGUUCCCUCCUGCAAGGUCUACACCUGCCUCUUCGGAUUUAUAUACUAUGUCAUUAGUGCCUUGGGCAUCACGGCCGGGGCGCAUCGCCUGUGGAGCCACCGAACUUACAAGGCGCGCCUGCCGCUGCGGCUCUUCCUCAUCAUUGCCAACACCAUGGCUUUCCAGAAUGAUGUGUAUGAAUGGGCCCGAGAUCACCGUGUCCACCACAAGUUCACAGAAACACACGCCGACCCUCACAAUUCCCGGCGUGGCUUUUUCUUCUCUCACAUUGGCUGGCUGCUUGUGCGCAAACACCCGGCUGUCAAAGAGAAAGGUGGAAAACUGGACAUGUCUGACCUCAAAGCUGAGAAGCUGGUCAUGUUCCAGAGGAGGUACUACAAGCCCAGCCUCCUGCUCCUGUGCUUCAUCCUGCCCACACUGGUGCCCUGGUAUUACUGGGGUGAAACUUUCGUGAACAGCUUGUGCGUCAGCACCUUAUUGCGAUACGCUGUGGUGCUCAAUGCCACCUGGCUGGUGAACAGUGCUGCUCACCUCUAUGGAUAUCGCCCCUACGACAAGAACAUUGAAUCUCGAGAGAACAUCCUGGUUUCCCUGGGUGCCGUGGGCGAGGGCUUCCACAACUACCACCACGCCUUCCCCUAUGACUACUCUGUUAGUGAGUACCGCUGGCACAUCAACUUCACCACGUUCUUCAUCGACUGCAUGGCUGCCCUGGGCCUGGCUUAUGACCGGAAGAAAGUGUCCAAGGCUGCUGUCUUGGCCAGGAUCAAAAGAACUGGAGAUGGGAGCCACAAGAGUAGCUGAGGUUGGGGCUCCUGAGUUCCCGUUCCAAGAGUGAUAUGGGCAGAGAUAUAAUAUUCUGUUGAUUAACUACAGGAUAAUGCUACCAGAAUGCUAAUGACGUAUUUAACCCAUUCCAGUACAGUAUUCUUUAAGAUGAGAAAGCUUUGAUCACGUUUUGAGGUAAUACACAUUUUAAUUAGCUAGGAUUAACCAUGCCACAGUAUGUAUACUUCUAAACAUAUACACAAUAAAUGCAUAUAUAACUUGACGCAUCCAUUUUAAAUAAUAACAAUAUAUUUGAGCAUUCUGUGCAAAGAGUAUUAAAAGCCAGCAGACAUGCUGAUUUGAUGCUGAGGUGAGGAGCAGGGUGUUCAUUCCCUGUUUGCAUUGCAUUUGGCUUGGUUUCUUUUCUUUCUCACCACCUCCCAGGCAAACAGCUGGCCAGCCACUGGUCUGUGUCCACCUUCCAAAGCCUGGACAACUGUCCUGGUAUCUGAAAUACUGCGCUCCUUCCUUCCUCCUAGAUAUCUAUUUCCUUGUUCUGAGCUUCAAGGUUGCUGCCUCACACUAGAAACGUAACAAAACCUGCCUGGAAGUCCCCUACCUGCUGAUGAACUUCAUUACAGCCUUUGCUAAAUAGGAUGGGAAACUGUUCUUGAUUUCAUACGUAGCAAGUCUAUCAUCUGGAGACAAGAGUUAGCAUACAUGGCGUGGUUCAUAAGUAAGGCUGGGAGAGAGAAAGGAAACGUAACCACAUCUAGUGGCCUACUCAGCAAAGACACCAGGCCUCUCUACAGCGUGUCUCCUUUCAGUCCAUACUCUGAACCACAGAGCUUAGGGAGACUGCAAUAAUGAAAUCAGGGUCUGAGAGUGAAGGGGAACGAUGCCUGGUCUGUGCUGAGGGGGAGCGCUAGCUCUUAGCAACGUAAAUAUUUCUUCAUAGAAAAAGUCUUCACGUGAAGUGGGUCUAGAACUGAUUAAAUAGCUGACAGAGUGUUGAGGAUAUGGUAGAAAACUAUGUAGAUAUAAACAAAACCUUCACUUGGAACAUAAAUAUUUCACUUGGAAAAAUUGAAGGACAGAGGAGUUGUCUGGGUUGCUGGUUUCUUUCAUGGUUGGACAGGCAGUGGAGAGGCUGAGGGUCAGCAUGUGUAGGCAGCACUUGGGGAACACUGCCAGGGAUCUGGGUGUGUUAGUUCCAGCUAAUACUCUCAUUUUAUCCUUGGAUUGAGUAGAGAUGAGCUUCUCGUGGUGUUGAACCUUCCCUACAUUCUUUGCUCUGUGGCCAUGCAGCCUGGGAGGCUAUUACCAGUUCUCUGUUCUUUGGCAUUUUCUUCUUUCCCUGGACAGGCAGCCAGUUUCCUGAGCGUAUUCAGAGCACUCAGGACUCGCUGCCUAGGCACAUUCCUCUCCACGGCCGCACUGCUCGUGGGCACGGAACUGCUAUGUCGCUUUGGCAAGCAGAACCAGGUGCCACUUUUCUGUGGCCCCCGGAUCUCUCUACCUCUACCCCUAUGUGCCUCUGCCACCGUGAUUUCAGAAAAGCUUGGUAGGCCCUCUGGCUUGUGAGUUAACCUUUCAGCCAAACGCUCAUGUUGUCUCGAUGAGGCAACUGCUGAACGAGAUGGUUGAUUGUUGGUCUCUCUGUGUAAGUCAGAGGAGGCGACAUAUUUGCUUCUCCCUACAUGCUCUGCAAGGUGGCUCUGGCUGAUCGGUGUAGGCAGGUGGUGGUACAAAGCUUGUGAAAGGAUAAGGUUCCCCAUUUUUAUCCCUGUAAAAACACCAGAAGCAUGGGCAACUUCCUCACUUCAGGAAGAGGUCCUGUUUCCUGAAACCAGGGUGUGAUGUAAAACCUCAACCGAAAUGUGGUAGCAAAGGUGCCGUGAGUUAACAAACAUCCCCUGUCACACAGCCCAGGGCAGACAAUGGUACAGAAAAGUCUGGAAGAAAACCUCAGUAUUUUGGAACCAUCCACCUCUCCCGUCCCUGUCGCCUGAUCCAGAAGCCUGGCUUUGCUGUUAGGACUGGCUGUGUAUAGUACCAAAUGCUUUGUUCACUUGGGAUUGGAUCAGAGCCUUUCUUGUUAAUUGGACACAUGCUUUGAGCUGUCUGUUGAAGUAGAAACUCUGGUAGAAGAUUGCUGUAGAUCUGCUCGCCUAACCCUUUGGAAAUGCGUUUGGGUGGUUUUUUUUUGCCAGGUCAUCAGAUCCCUGAUUUAUAACAUGAACAACAGAAAUCAGGCUUCUUUCUGUUCUAAUCUCAUUCCAUGGAUCUGAUUCAGGUCAUGUCACAACACAAGGCUACGUAGAGACCUCAGGCUGAGGUCCCAGUGCCUGUGGGUGUUUAGGUAGGAUGUAAUAGAAUGUUUAGGAAAGGGACCGUAUUUCAGAUCCCCUCAAAGGUGGGUUUCUAACAGUUCCUACAUAACGUGCUAACAGCUUUGGCUGCCUUACCUUUCCUAAUCUUUAGUGCAUGUGAGCCCAGCCUCACCCCCACCCCUUGUCCUGAGACCCUGAAGAUGGAGUGGUGUGAACAAGAGGCUGGCCGGAAGACCAUCACUGAGCUACUGAAGAAAUCUUUUACAGGCUUCAUUUUGGAAAACUUUUCCUGGAGCCAUUUUUCGUAGACGCCCAAAUUUGAUGUGAAGUGGAAGUCAUUUGAGAGUAUUUGGUUGUAUUGGCAUCCUCGUUACUACUGUUGUUAAAUGUGAUAAUGGCCGUGGCACUCGGCGUUUUCUCCUUGGGUUGCUAGUCUAUGGAUGUAUUCUCUGAGAGUGUAGCUCAGGUGAGUUGGUAUGAAAGGGUAGCAAAGUAAAGCAGCCUCCUGCUGGGAGCUUAAGCCAAGGCUUCUCUUAGCCACUGACUUCCUACUUUAUAACAAACCCAUUCCAGAGAUAAUGUCUUCCAACCCUCCUCUGCUAAGUACCUGAUGGUCUCACUUCCCAAAUACCGUGAUGUGUCCAGCACAUCCACUCUGGAGGACACGCUGAAACUAUCACUCUGAGCAAGUCCUUCUGAUAAAAGGGGCUACUAAUACUCACCUACCUCAAAGGGCAGUUUUGAGGUGACUAGAGCUUUUUUAUUAAGUAUUUGGGGGUCCUUGGCAGAGAUUCUCAUACAGACUUCCAAAGAAGUAUACCCUGAGCUCACACACACAUCCAUAUGUUCUAGAUACCAUCUUUAGUUUACGUUGCUCUCCCCCGAGACUGACAGACCUCACAGGGGAAGUGGGAUAUGACCAGUCAGAGAGAAUGCCUACUCACUGCCAUGAACACAGUGCAGGAAACCCUUCCCUGAGUAAGAUUUCCUCCUUUUUAUGGUGGAUAGUUAUUUGUGACCCAAGCAUAAUUUUAGAUGACUUCCAUUAAUAUAAACUCUUGAGUCUAAUUGUACUAAUUGAGACUAUUUGUUCCUAAUAAAAGUGGAUCUGGCUAUAA